GCCCAUGAAUAUAACCAAUCUUUCUUCUUCAUAUCACUGCCCUCAUAACCAAAAACAACAGAAAUGUCCGCCCACUCCCUCCAACCCCCCGUCUCCAUCCGCCCAUCACACAUCCCCUCUCAAGAAACCUCCCUCUACCUCCUCCCCAAAGCCUCCCCCCACUCCGCAACAGACUACACAAUCAACAACGCCAUAACCGACACAAUAGUCUUCACAGUCACAGGCAAGAAAUACGGCUCUGGCUCGGGACGCGAGUUCCGCGAUGACUCCGGGUUACCGCUCUUCGAAUUAAGGAGGGUAGCUGUGCUAUCUCGAUGGCCAUGGCGAGUGAGAUUACCGGGUGAUGAAGAGAAGGACUUGGGGAGGGUUUAUGUGAGGAGUCCUUCGAUGAGGAUUAAGCUUGAUAUGAUGUGGAAUUGUGUUGCUAGUGGGGAUCGGAAAGGAGAGGGGGGAGAGAUGGUUCGGUUGGAGGUUCGGCAGACGACGGCACUUUAUAUGUUUGAUGUGCUUGUUGGUGAUGGCGAUGGGGAGGAGAAAAAGAAAGUUGCGGAUAUCAGGGAGAGUGUGGAGAGGAAUAAGUCUGUCGGGUAUUGGCCUCGCGGGCCUUGUAAUCAUGUGCCUCCGAAACGGGUUUUGGAUAUAAGGGUUGCGGGGCGGUUGGAUUUGUCUAUUGCAGCUCUGGUUGCGGUGUUUAUAUCGGAUAUGCAUUUCGGGGAUCAACUUGAGACCUAGAGAAUGCAAUCAUGCAAAUAUAUAUCUUUCGCCCA